CUAACAUGACAUUAAUGACCCCCGGUCCUUCUGCUGCUGCAUGAGAGCAGAUUGCAGAUCACUGCUGCGUCAUCUCGUGACUUGGGGGGCGAGCGAGUGAGCGAGUGAGCCUGUGUCUGUGACCACAAUCAUGAUUAGCGUCGAUUAUGGCCUGGUUUGACAGAAGCCAGAAAUUCAAACGGACGAAUGGCGGAUUUCGCAGAAAGUUCUCACGCGUGUGAGAGAUGCUCGACAAUCGACAGAUCCCUGAGGCGGAUCGACGAGGAUCUGUCGACUAUUGGUUUUGGUGGGUCUUUGGCUGAGCUGCUGCCACGCUUUUGCAGCCGGCGCGAUCCGUGCCAAUUGAGUUACUGGGACGGUGUCCAUUCAUACGGGAAAUACAAGGCCAAUGCAUCUGGUACGUCCGGUAUGGGGGCUAUUAUGGGGGAAGAAGCUCCUUCCCCGCUUCACCUCUCUUUGUUCUGGCACACCCUAAGGAGAGCAAAAUUGAUGAACUGCGUGGUUUAUCCUAUCCCCUUAUCUCACUGGGCGGGCCACUGGAGCAUCACGAAGCCGUCCCGUGGGAGUGGUGAAGAGUCGUUGGAACCGUCGGAAUAUCACCCCGUGAUCGCAGACUGGCCCAGUAGGAUGUGGCCAUGCGAUCCCCCGGCCUGCCACCAGAAGGCUCGGGAAAGACGUGAUGUUGCAGAGCUUAGAUACUCCGUCCGCAGAUGUGAACAACAAUCUACUAUUGCCGACGGCUUGCCCGGAUCUGCCCAGAAGGAACCUUCCCCCUGGGAAGAGCUAAAAUCGGCUUUGGAUGCUUUGGUGGCGCUAAUGCAGGAACUGACGAAAGUCCCAAGCGCUGGCAUUUGGGAUGAACGACGAGGGCUUUGUGCGGAUGAGAGGGGGGUGGCUUAUCCACUUCAACCAAUGGGAGGCCACGCAUCUCUAGUCUUUACUCUGCUACUAGACUACUAA